AUGAAAUCUCAAUCAUACACACCUCCAGCCCGUGUCUACGACGCACAAUCCGCUUCGAAAGACGAGUAUCACGUGUCACCCGUGUACGACGCGCACCAGCCCGUGUACGACGCGCACCAGCCCGUGUCUACGACGCGCACCAGCCCGUGUCUACGACGCGCACCAGCCCGUGUGUACGACGCGCACCAGCCCGUGUCUACGACUCACACCAGCCCGUGUCUACGACUCACACCAGCCCGUGUCUACGACGCACACCAGCCCGUGUCUACGACUCACACCAGCCCGUGUCUACGACGCGCACCAGCCCGUGUCUACGACUCACACCAGCCCGUGUCUACGACUCACACCAGCCCGUGUCUACGACGCACACCAGCCCGUGUCUACGACGCGCACCAGCCCGUGUCUACGACACACACCAGCCCGUGUCUACGACGCGCACCAGCCCGUGUCUACGACGCGCACCAGCCUACGACACACACCAGCCCGUGUCUACGACGCACACCAGCCCGUGUCUACGACGCACACCAGCCCGUGUCUACACCAGCCCGUGUCUACGACGCACACCAGCCCGUGUCUACGACGCACACCAGCCCGUGUCUACGAUGGGCACAUUGA